AUGGUAUCCGAAAUUCACGUCAUUUCCAAGCGAGACCUCUCGAAACACGAGACCGUUGCAGUUGAUCUGGCACUGCCACAGCUAGGUGUUUCUUCUGUUCGCGUCCGCACAUCGCUCAUCGGAAUUACGAGCAACAAUCUUUCGUAUGCGAAGCUGGGCGACAUGCUGCAAUGGUGGAACACAUGGCCCGUUCCUCUGGAUGCGCCGACUCCGUACAACGACCGGACCGAGUGGGGCAUCGUUCCGGCGUGGGGCUUUGCACGGGUGCUCGAGUCCAAUAUCGAGGGCAUCCCGGCCAAAAGUCUGCUGUACGGGUACUGGCCCACCUCUUCUCAUCCAGUCGACCUUUCUCUCGUCCCGAGCGAACCCAAGGGCCAUUUCCGCGAGGUCAGCGAACACAGGCAGGGACUCGGGAGCAUUUACAAUCGCUACAACCUCGUUGACGAGUCUGCUCAGUCGGAAGAGUACCGGGCGUGGUUUGCCAACGUCUCUCCCAUCUGGAAUUGUGGUUAUGUCAUGAACCGCUUUACUUUCGCCACGGAUUUCGAGCCUGUUCAUCCUCUAGGCGCAGGAGCUGGGGAGUGGACCGAAAAGGAUGCGGACCUAAGCUCAGCCGUGGUGGUCAAUCUUUCGGCGUCCAGCCGUACGGGGAGGUCAUUCUCUUGGAACCUGGCUAGGGACAGAAAGUCAGGUGGUGGGCCUUUGGCUCUCCUUCAAGCUACGUCUGCGCCAGAGUCUUUGAAAGCCGGACCUAAGGCAUCGUUCGAGAUCAAGACAGUCAAUUACAACGAGCUUGCCACAAAAGACAUCAUGGACUGGAUCGCCAAAUUGCAACCCAAACGCGUGGUCGUGGCUGACUUUGGUGGUCGUCCGAAAGCGACUGAAGAAUUCCGCGAAGCUAUUAAGUCAACACUCCCGGAGUCAACGGUGUUUACUAAUGUCCAAGUCGGAGGAGAGCCAAAGAUCAUGGAACCAGAGGAAGCCCUCAAGGCAAUGGAGAUAUUCAAGAAGUGGGGACUUGUUCAGCUCAACACGACAGGUAUUGUAGAUGCUGGAAUUGUUACAGAGGGUGCAGAUAAAUACUUUCACGGCGCCGAAUCAACGUUCCGAAGGUUCCUUGAGGAUGGGAGUGUGGCAGACCUCGAGCUGGUUUGGGGAAGUGGCGUCGGAGGAACAACUGGAAUUGAGAAAGCAUGGGAGAAUAUCAUACAGGGGACUUUGUCGCCUCAGAAGGCAUGGGUUUACAGGUUGGAGUAG